AUGGAUGACUGCAAGGCUGACAUCGAUCUCCUGAAAUGUGGCAGCAUUCGACCUGGAGAAAAGUGUCGUGAUGCACUGACAACCCCCCAGAAGCUGAUUGCCCAAGACUACAAAGUCAGUUACUUACUGGCAAGGGCCUGUAAAAGUGAUCUGAAGAAGUACCGCUGUAACGUGGAGAACCUGCUCCAGUCUCGGGAAGCCAGGCUUUCCUGUCUGCUGAUGUGCUUGAAGUCUGAAGUGCACAGAGGUAAGUGGAUGAGCAGCGAGUGCCAGGGUGAAAUGUUGGAUUACCGACACAUGCUAAUGGAAGACUUCUCACUGAGCCCAGAAAUCAUCCUGAGCUGCCAAGGGGAGAUCGAGCACCACUGCUCUGGCCUGCAUCGUAAAGGGCACACUCUGCAUUGCCUGAUGAAAGUAGUGCGGGGUGAAAAGGGAAAUGUCGUCCUGAAUUGUCAGCAGGCGCUUCAUACACUGAUUCAAGAAACUGACCCUGGUGCAGAUUACCGCAUUGACCGAGCACUGAAUGAGGCUUGCAAGUUGGUGAUCCAGACUGCCUGCAGGCACAUAUGGUCUGGAGACCCAAUGUAUUCUGUCUUUCUGAUGGAGCACUUGUAUGCUGAGAAGAUGGUAGAGGACUGUGAGCGUAGGCUCCUGGAGCUGCAGUAUUUCAUGUCUUGGGAUUGGAAAUUGGAUAUGGUCCUUUACCACAAGCGUUAGGGAGAUGCCUCCCGUCUCUGCCAUACCCACGGCUGGAAUGAGACUAGUGAGCUGAUGCCUCCAGGGGCUGUUUUCUCCUGCUUGUACAGGCUUGUGUACCACACAGAGGAGCAGGGAAGGAGGCUAUCACGAGAGUGCAGAGCAGAGGUCCAGAGAAUCCUCCAUCAGCGUGCCAUGGAUGUGAAGCUCAACCCAGCCCUCCAGGAGAAGUGCAUGAUUGACUUAGGGAAGUGGUGCAGUGAAAAAAUGGAGACAGGGCAGGCGCUGGAAUGUCUUCAAGACCAUCUUGAUGACUUGGUGUCUGAUUGCAGAGACAUAGUGGGAAACCUCACUGAGCUGGAGUCUGAGGACAUUCAAAUUGAAGCCUUGCUGAUGAGAGCGUCUGAGCCCAUUAUCCAGACAUUCUGUCAUGUUUCAGAUAACCAGAUUGAUUCUGGGGACCUGAUGGAGUGUCUAAUCCAGAACAAACAUCAGAAGAAAAUGAAUGAAAAAUGUGCAAUUGGAGUUACUCAUUUCCAGCUGGUUCAAAUUAAAGAUUUUAGGUUCUCAUACAAGUUUAAAAUAGCUUGCAAGGAGGAUGUGCUGAAACUUUGUCCCAACAUCAGAAAAGACUGUUUUAUUUUCCACUGGGUGGAUGUUGUGAUCUGUCUGAGCACAACUGUGCGCAGUGAUACUUUGCAGGAUGGCAGGGAGCACAGGGUCUCUCUGAAGUGCAGCAAACAGCUGCAUGUUGAGGAGCUAGAGAUGACUGAGGAUAUAAGACUUGAACCAGAACUGUAUGAUGCUUGUAAAAGUGACAUCAAGAAUUACUGCCAAAACGUGCCCUAUGGCAAUGCUCAGGUUGGCAGGAGAUUGGGCUUCUCACGAGAACCCAGCUACCUGGUGCACAGUGAGUUUACCACUUGCUACUGUGCUGGCAUCAUGAGCACAGCCAGGCAUGCAUCCAUUGAGCUAAAGAUGGCAGACUAUUCAAGCAAGCUCUACCAGUAA